UCUCACGGAUGCAGAACCUCUUGCAGAAGCACAGGGUCACCUUCUGUCAUUGCAAGAAAUUAUUUGUACCAAUUUGCAACAUAUUUGGAUAAUAGAGUCACAUAUCGGGUGACCUCCUGUAGAGGACAGAGACUCUCCGGGGUUUAUGGAAACCUGACCUCCCAUUGGUGCAGAAGUGCAUGAAGAAUUCAGCUCUGCUGCAGACACGUUUAGUCUUUAGCGUGCUUUGCCAUAUCAAGGAAAAUGUCAGUCUCCUACGAUGAAACCUCUGCUGCUGACGAGGCCAUGGACAGCUUCUGGGAGGUGGGGAACUACAAGCGGGCUGUCAAGAGGGUUGAUGAUGGCCACCGGCUCUGCAAUGACCUCAUGGGCUGCCUUCAGGAACGUGCCAAGAUAGAGAAAGCUUACGGUGACCAGUUGACCGCCUGGUCAAAGAGAUGGAGACAGCUCAUUGAGAAAGGGCCUCAGUAUGGCUCAGUUGAGCGGGCCUGGAUAGCUGUGACGACGGAAGCUGAGAAGGUGAGCGAGUUGCACCAGGAAGUGAAGAACGGUCUGAUAAAUGAGGACCUUGAGAAGGUGAAGAACUGGCAGAAGGAGGCCUACCACAAGCAGAUGAUUGGAGGCUUCAAGGAGGCCAAAGAGGCCGAUGAGGGCUUCAAAAAGGCCCAGAAACCUUGGGCCAAGAAGCUCAAAGAGAUGGAGACGGCUAAGAAGACAUACCAUAUGGCCUGUAAGGAGGAGAAGCUGGCUGCCACCCGAGAGGCCAACGGGAAGACAGAGGCCUCUGUCACAGUAGACCAGCAGAAGAAACUCCAUGAGAAAGUGGACAAGUGCAAACAGGAUGCGCAGAAGGCUAAGGAGAAGUAUGAGAAGUCUCUGGAUGAGCUGAGCAAGUGUACCCCUACGUACCAGGAAAGCAUGGAGCAGGUGUUUGACCAGUGCCAGCAACAUGAGGUCAGAAGGCUGACCUUCCUCAAGGAGGUGAUGCUGGACAUCAAACGCCACUUGAACCUGACCGAGAACCAAAGCUAUGGCACAGUGUACAGAGAACUGGAGCGCACUAUCCUGGCUGCCAACACACAGGAGGACCUCAAGUGGUUCAGCAACAACCAUGGGCCCGGCAUGCAUAUGAACUGGCCCCAGUUUGAGGAGUACAACCCAGACCAACCCAAUGCUGUGGCCAAGAGGGAGAAGGUUAAGAAACCUGACGGCGCUCCGCCAACCCCCAGCACUGACCAUGUGGCUACCCCCGGUGAUCGCGGCAGUGUGAGCAGCUAUGAGAAGAACCAGGCCUACUCCACUGAGUGGUCAGAUGACGAGCAGCCUGCCACCAACUCUGGCAAUGAGAACGGAGGAGGGAACUCUUUCGAGGAAGACGCUACCUCUGUGAAAGGGGUCCGCAUGCGUGCACUCUAUGACUAUGAUGGUCAGGAACAAGAUGAGCUCACAUUCAAAGCAGGUGAUGAGCUGACCAAGACUGAGGAUGAGGAUGACCAAGGCUGGUGCAGAGGUCGCCUAGACAGCGGUCGGGAGGGACUUUACCCAGCCAAUUACGUUGAGCCUAUCUAAUUGCCCUGGUGGAUGAGGACAUGGCAUUGGAGGCAGCUCGAACUGUCCCGUCCAAUCGCACUGCACAUAGCCAGAGACUUAAGAACACAUCCCUCGCCCAAAAGAUGCGUCAAGCAGUCUUGCCUAAAUAAGAUCUUAGUAACGUAAAAGACAAUAUAUCGGUAUAUAGUUAUCCAGUAUUUGGGGUGGGUGGACUAAACACUUAAACAGGAGCAUUUAUUCCAGUAUGCACACACUCAAGCUUAACAUGAAGACAAUGCAGGGACACAUUUCGCUUAUCCGUAUUCAAAAUGAUGCAGCUGAUAUUACAGUUUUGCAAUACUUUCAGCAAUGAUAGUGGGAAGAUAAUGUUACCAGUUUUACCAGGACUAGCUACUCAAUCUGCAUUGUAUUUACAGUACAUGAUGACAUUUUUGUGUAGCAUUUUCAAUGCUGUGUGUGUUUAGUCCUCAUUCUUACAUUGGGGAUGCUGUAUAAUAUUUUAAGUACCACAAAAAUGUAUUCUAUAUUUUUGUUAUUUUCAUUUUUUGUGAUUUGGUCUGACCCCCUCUUCUAAUGUGUGCAGUGGUAUGUGUUUUAUCUGUCUCCAAGCUAGCUUGCAUAGCAGCAUGUGCUAUGCAACAAGCAUUCCCCGAAUCCCCUGGCCAUUGUAAGGCCAUAAGAUGCUCCAAGUCACUUGGGUUCCAAUGCAGAGGACAUAACACAGUUCAACUGUAAGUACAUCAUUGGAAUAUCACGGCAAGCUUGUGUCCUCCUCCUACCAGGAAGUGGAAUGGGUGAAUAGAUUUUAUUUUUCUUCCCAUAGCCACCCUUUUAUCACCACAUGUUAUCAUCAGUUGAAAGGUUUCAUACAUAUCUACAGUGAUCUGAUGGCAGAAUCCCUGUAUCGUAGAGUCAAUAGGCAUGGUCUUAUUACCAGCUUGUUUUGAUUUGAUCCAUCAGCGAUGACGGAGAAAAACUUUACCGGUCAAUCGAUUUAUCUAGGCAGGGUUUGAUGGGAAACUAUGAAUUCUCAGUGAGGGACGGACAGGAGAGGGACCUCUGUGCCCUGUGUUCAUGUUGGGUGAGAGGGGCUAGUGGAGCCAUGCUGAUGUUACUGUGCUGCAGAUUUGUCCCCCUGUUGGCAGCCUCUCCAACAGGACAUGAAUGUACUAGUGUGGGGCCCUGGAAGAGGACAUGUCCUCCACCAGACGUGGUGUCUGUCGUUGAGUGCCCUACCUAGCUAACACCAGUCAUGUGGCCCGUUCCCCUGCUGAGCCAAAGAAAGUCCCAACACCAUCAAACCUACAUACAGUGACCUCACACACGCCAUCAACUGUAGAACGAGCCUAAGAGAAGAUCAGUUUAUUGCUGCCCAGUCCACUCAAGAUCCACCUUAAACAAAACACGGGGUCAUAUAGUCACCACCAGCAAUGUACUCAGUUUAAGCAUCACAUGGUUAUAUAUAUGCCUAAACAUGUUCCCUGCUUUAAAGUGACUCGCAGGAAAAUCCAAAUAUGCCUGCACAGAGACAAAACAGAUGUUGCCCAGGGCCAAUGGCAUCUGACCUUCUCAUGGAAUAAUGAGUGAGAUGGUGAGACAGAAACAUCCUUUACAGUGGAGAUAUCUUAGAUUAGGUCUCUUUCAGUUCCAUUUGACUGUGGCGAGAUGUGUUUAGAUGUUUUCAGAAGAGAGGUCACCAGGUUAGGGUUUCACUGUAGAGAACACAUCACCAGCUCACAAGUUAUGUGUCUUAGUGUAAGCUGUCCAGCCUAGCAAAAACAACUCAUUGAAAUAUCCAAUUUUGUCGACCAUACACACACACACACACACACACGCAAGCCUGCACAGAUAAAAUACACGUACACAUGCACACACAUACACACUUGCAUAAACAGACUCACAAAUGUCUACUGUAGAUAUUUUGCAGGCAAACAUCUUUAUCAUCCAGUGUGUAUGAGUUGUGUAAAUGUAAAGAAAAAAAAAGAAAAAAAAUGCAAGGUAUCGAAUACUAAGACAAUGUAGUGUCAUACAUGUUAAUGUGUUGCAACAAAAUAACAGCAAUGGAAAACAUAAAAAUAGUAAGUACCAUAUUGUAUGAAUUUCACUGCAAUUGAAUUGUCAAUGUAUCAUAUAACGGCGCGAAGUUAUCCCACGCUGUGAGAUUUGUAUAUGAUGAUGUAAUUUAAAGAUUAUAUUCUAUUGUAACUGUACAACUGUGUUGAGUUGAAAUGGAAACCUAACUACGUUGAGGCAGUAAAAAGGUGUAUAUGUAAAUGCUUUUUUAUGUUGAUUUUCUCUUCCUUAUGCACACAAGGGGGCAACAGCUCAUGUUGUGACAACCCUAUAUUAGCGGUCUAGAAGAUGUAUGUAUGUUCAUAGUUAGUGAUGUAAUUUUAUCUCCUAACUGGUGUAGUGCCUGUUCAUCUUAAUGUAACAAAAGGUUCAUUUAAAUAUGCAUAAAGAUGAUUAUGGUUAUGAUACUAAUGAUAGUGAUGAAAAUCCUGGAUCAAAUUUGUUGUGAUGGUGUCAAUAUUGCAAUAUUGGUUUGAAAGGGGAAAACAAGUUUGUUGAAAAAACAAACAAAAUGUUUGGUGUCUUUGUGUGUUUUUUGUGUUGAAUGUUAAUGUGUAGUUUGGGAACUAAUGGUAUAUUAUCAAUGAAAUAGUAGGAGUUGAACCCCUGUUCAGAUAAAACGUUUUUCUGCUUUUCAAUUUUAUUUAAGAAACAUGUACAAACAUAGGGUGGGAAGGUAAAGUGGAUGCAAAUAUAUUUUAGUCUUUAAAACAUUACAAAUCACACAAAAGAAGAAGAAAAUAAAUUUGAAAUGC